AUGAUUCCAGUAUACAGUACGGUGUGGACAGCUCUUGUGGUGUUUGCAGUAAUUUUCUUCUCUAACGUGUGUGCUAAAGAUGCACGGUUAAUUCAGACUCUUGAAGAUGAUAUUGGAGCAGAAAACUUCACUUACUAUAGGCUUCAGAGACCAGGAAGUCUUCGUUUAGAGUUGAUAAGCUUAAAAGGGGACGUGGAUAUCUACGUUAGCUCUACAGUUUCACAGCCAGAUUACUGGAAUUAUGACCUGAAGUCAGAAACCUGUGGCCUAGAUGUGAUUUCCAUACCAACCAAUAUGCCUCGACCAGUGCACUUAGCUUUGUUUGGUCACCCAAACAGCUUUGUGUCCAGGUACAGACUGUCCAUCUAUGAGGUGGACGAUCCGGCUGUGGAUGACUAUGAAGCACUGGUGGAUAAAUAUGAAAGGUAUUACUAUGAGGAAAUGAAUGGAGGGUCGUAUGAGCCACCAACUGAAAGAGAAACAUCUUCAAAAUCAUCAUCCAGUAAAGCACAGAAAGCUGACCAUCGAGCCGAAGUGGAGCUUCCCUUGUGGAUGAAUAUAUUAAUUGACACCCUAAAGUUUAUUAUUGAGGUUAUAUUGUGA